CAACCAUCGUAUAAUGAAUUGUUGGAGCUCUUCCCCGCUUUCUUUUUGUCGAGUUCCGCCGCCAUUUUCUUAGAGAUCCGAAUCCACAGCGCUCGAUCUAGAGGAGGGAUUGCAGUUAGGAAAAUGACGGAGUCGGAGGCGAACUCUGUGAUCCCGGAGUCCGUAUUGAAAAAGCGCAAGAGGGAGGAGCAGUGGGCUUUAGAGAAGAAGCAGAAGUUAGAUGAGAAGAGGAAGAAGAAUAAAGAGAAUCGCAAACUCAUUUUUAAGAGGGCAGAACAGUACAACAAAGAUGUCAAAGAGUACCAGAAGCAGGAGAGGGAGCUGAUACAGCUAAAGCGCGAGGCUAGACUGAAAGGAGGAUUCUACGUUUGCCCCGAGGCCAAGCUUCUGUUCAUCAUCAGAAUCCGCGGGAUCAAUGCUAUUGACCCAAAAACUAAGAAGAUUUUGCAGCUUUUGCGCCUGAGACAGAUUUUUAAUGGAGUAUUCUUAAAAGUGAACAAAGCUACCAUUAAUAUGCUCCGCAGAGUGGAGCCCUAUGUCACCUAUGGUUAUCCAAACCUUAAAAGCGUAAGGGAGUUGAUAUACAAGAGGGGCUAUGGGAAACUGAACAAGCAAAGGAUUCCAUUGACCAGCAAUGACAUCAUUGAGCAGGGGCUAGGAAAGCAUGAUAUUAUAUGCAUUGAGGACCUCAUUCAUGAAAUUUUCUCUGUAGGGCCUCAUUUUAAGGAGGCCAAUAACUUUCUUUGGCCAUUUAAGCUGAAGGCACCACUUGGAGGACUGAAGAAGAAGAGGAAUCAUUAUGUUGAAGGUGGAGAUGCUGGAAACAGGGAAGAUUAUAUAAACGAGCUUAUCCGCCGCAUGAACUAGGUUUAGUCGCCCUUCUUGCAUCAUCUAUAUUGGUUUUU